AUGAAGUCGUUAUUUGGAAAUAAUGACAGUAAAAAUUCAAAAUUAAUAAAACUUUUAGGAUUGAGUCAACACUUGGUGAAGGAGGCUAUGGGAUUAGAUCUCAAACCCGAUAACUUAUGUGACUUUGGUUUGUCUAAACAAGUCUUAAACACCGACUCCUAUAGUCAGUCCAAAGCUAAACACACGGCAGAUGUGGGAAACAUGGAUUAUAUGGCACCAGAAGCUACGGGUGAACACUAUAACCAUAAGAUAGAUAUCUAUAGUCUGGCACUUAUUGGGGCCGAUAUUUUUGGUUAUAUAUAA